AACACUAAGUGUGAGUUAUGCACACCAACACCAAAACAAACCCACUAAGAUGGCUUCCUUUGUAUCCUUCCUAGUGCUGCUUCUUGCAGCCCUUAUCCUCAUGCCUCAAGGGCUUGCUACUUACUACAAACCAAUUAAGAAGCCACCAGUGUACAAGCCUCCAGUGUACAAGCCACCAGUGUACAAACCACCGGUUUAUAAGCCAAAACCACCGGUUUACAAGCCGAAACCACCGGUUUACAAGCCACCAUAUAAGAAGCCACCAUACAAGAAACCACCUUAUGGAAAGUACCCUCCAGUAGAGGACAACACCCAUGCCUAAAGCAAGCAAUGAGGUCUAUUAUCUACUUAAUAAAUAAGAGGAACUGCUUUGUGUUUUCUAGCAUUGUGAUUUACAACUUCGUAGCAAUGCAUAUUCUUGACUCUUGCAUGCACUUCAAUCCUUCGUAGCAUUAAUGAUGUGGCCAAGUCAUCAUGAGCAUCAUACUUAUUUCUUUGUGAAUGUAAAUCAAAAUUAUAAGAGAGAAAAUGGUGCUUUUGUACUACAGAUUACUAUAAAUAAAAAACUUUUAUGGUUUUCA